GGCGGCUUAUAAAAAGGAGCGGAGGCAGACAUCUUCCGAGCCAGCCGGUCCGGCGUCUGACAGCGGCGUGGGCGGGGGCGAGAGAGAAAACCAACCCGCUUUCUCUGGCUUUUUGCACUCGCAGUUGACGUUUCAGGCUCGGCAAGAUGGUCAAAGAAACCGGCUACUAUGACAUGCUGGGCGUCAGUCCCAAGGCCUCGCCCGACGAGAUCAAGAAGGCUUACCGAAAGCUGGCCCUGAAGUACCACCCGGACAAGAACCCGAACGAGGGGGAGAAGUUCAAACUUAUAUCUCAGGCCUAUGAAGUUCUGUCUGACUCCAAGAAGAGGGAUCUGUACGAUCAGGGAGGGGAGCAGGCCAUUAAGGAAGGAGGAAUAGGAGGAGGAGAAUUCUCUUCCCCAAUGGACAUUUUCAACAUGUUUUUUGGUGGGGGAGGAAGAGUGCACAGGGAGAGGAGAGGGAAGAAUGUGGUACAUCAGCUGAGCGUGUCGCUGGAAGACAUGUACAACGGCACAACACGAAAACUCGCCCUCCAGAAGAAUGUCAUCUGUGAGAAGUGUGAUGGCCAUGGAGGCAAGAAGGGCGCCCUGGAGAAGUGCUCCAACUGUAAAGGAAGAGGUGUGCAAAUCCAGGUGCAACAGAUUGGACCCGGCAUGAUCCAGCAGAUCCAGAGCAUGUGUGGGGAGUGCCAGGGACAGGGAGAGAGGUUCAGUGCGAAAGACCGGUGCAAGAACUGCAAUGGCCACAAAGUUGAGCGGAAGAAGAAAAUCCUGGAGGUUCACGUCGAUAAAGGUAUGAAAGAUGGUCAGAAGAUUACAUUCCAUGGAGAGGGAGACCAGGAACCUGGGCUUGAGCCUGGUGAUGUCAUGAUUGUCUUGGAUCAGAAAGAACACCCAGUUUUCCAAAGGCGGGAAGAUGACCUCAUCAUGAAAAUGGAAAUCAAGUUAGUCGAGGCCUUGUGUGGGUUCAAGAAGACCAUCCGGACUCUGGAUAACAGAACACUCAUCAUAAGCUCAUCUCCAGGUCAAGUCAUUAAGCACAACGACAUCAAAUGUGUACAGAAUGAAGGCAUGCCUGUGUAUAGGGAACCCUAUGAGAAAGGACUGCUAAUAAUUCAGUUUACGGUAAAAUUCCCAGAAAAUGGAUGGCUUCCACUACAGACAAUUCCAAAGCUGGAAUCUCUGCUGCCUCCAAGAGAUGAACUGAUGAUUACUGACGAUGUGGAAGAGGUUGACCUCACUGAGAUGGACCUUGAAUCCCAACGCAGACAAUACAGUGGAGAGGCCUACGAGGAAGAUGAAGGGCCUAGGCAUAGUGGGGUUCAGUGCCAGACACAAUGAAUGUGAGAAUUACAGAUGAAAUGGAGUUCAGUGGGAACCACUUGUGUACACUGUAAAUGUAGUGCAUGUUAUUAAACCUUCUGGGUGUCAUGUUUGGGUUUUUGUGAGGUUCAUUUGCAAAAAACAAAGGCCAUAAUUCAAGUUUGCCUUUUGCACAUUUUUGUUGAUCACUUCCCCCCCAAGAAAGUCUAUCAAGAGUAUUAAAGUGAAGAUGUAAAAAUGUAUGCUUUCUAUGAAGGUGAAAUAUAGAUUUAUACAGCAAGUCCAUGUGCGUGUACUCAACUGCAUUCAUCCCAUUUUGAAACAUGCUAUUUGUUAUUUUCUUGAAAUAAAUUUUGUAUGGAAAAACUAGA